AUGCUCUAUCGUUGUCUGUGUCUCUUCGCUUUGGUCGCUCUCUCGUCGGCAUGUGAUACAUGGCCGAACAGUACAGAGACAAAGGUCAACUGGUGGCAAUGUUCCAGUGGACCAAUUAUGGUGACCAAUGUCAAUCCAACGGAUAAGAAGGGAGCCUACGAGUACCCAAUCCGUCUCACUGAGCCACUCCUCAUCGCCACCACUAUCAACGACCCAUCAUCCACCUACUCCUCCCCUGGACUCAAGCAAACCAUCAAAGUAUGGAGCUGGAAUAUAAAUACCUGUGGAUGGACUGCCGUCCCAACCUUUGGACUUUUGAACAACAUCGACGCAUGCACCAACGGAACCCCAUGCCCAAUCAAGCCGGGAAAUAAUCAAGUUAUCAACUUGGAACUCGACUUCUCUGAUACCCCAGCUAUCAUCAAUCUCUUGAAGAACGAUAAGCCAUACCAACUCGAGUACUUGCUCCAUGAUGACGUCACCAAGGAGGAUUUGUGUGUUAUUUUCCAAGCUAGAGCUCUCACUCAUACUUAA